CGUUGAUUAUUCACUAAUCAUUUUUCUAUUUUUUCUAAAGAUCACAACUCAGAUUAAACAACAAACAGUCCAUUUCAGUCAAAAUCAGUAUUUGUUCCGUUCCAUUCACAUCAUCGGAUCAUCAUCAUCAGCUUCAUAUAAACACAGAUAAUAAUACAGACAGAUACAUAAGGAAAGAAAAACAUAAUUUCCAUCAUCAAACGGUGAUGAUGAUGAUGGUGGUGGUGACUUCAACCAUAAUCAAUUAAUUUGAAGAAUUAUAAAUUUUUUUAUUGAUAAAUAAAUCGACAUAAACGAAUCAAUCAUGAAGAUCGAUCGUUCGAAAUCUAAAAAGAGUUCAUCGGAGGUGCCUUUCGAUUGUAAACUAUUGAUUGAAGAACUUAAACAAUGUAACGAAGAUCAAAUGUUAAUCGUCCUUAAACGGAUAAAAACAUGGAGCUGUGGAAAAUGUGAAUUAUAUCAUUGGAUCGAUGUGCUAGAUUUAUUCGAUACUAUAUUGGAAGAAUGUUGCCGUAAAGAAUCUUCUGAUCAAUGGAUUUUACCCGUUGAUUUGGCCGAAAAUGUCAAGAAACGUGAACUUUUAUUGGCCGUAAUAUCGUUUACAUCGCUUUUGAUCGAACAUAGUUUCUCACGACAUUUAUACAAUUCGAUCGAGCAUUUGAUCACAUUACUUUCGUCGAACGAUAUGCAAAUCGUUUUGGCCAUACUAAAUCUGUUAUUUGUAUUCAGCAAACGAUCAAAUUUUUUCUCACGUAUCAGCAUUGAUCGGCGACAAUCAUUAAUGUCCAGACUAUAUUAUUUAGCCGAAAAUUGGGGCGGUAAAGAUCAAGGAUUUGGCUUGGCACAAUGUUGCCAAAAUUUGCCAUUAUCCAGUUAUCCAUCAAAUGCAACUACGUUUAAUUUUGAAUUCUAUUUAAAUAAUAACACCAAUAACCAACAAACAACAAAUAAUGAAUCUAAAACAAAAUCAACAACACAAAGACCAUUGGGUGAUAAUGGUACAUCAGCAAGUCAAAAAUUCAAUAAUAUUGUACGAAUUCACAUUGAAAAUGUACAUCUAAUCGAUAAACCUGUAUCGAUAUUGAUGGCCGAAAUUGUUGAACAAUAUCAAAUACCAGUUGAACAACAGAUGCAGAUAUUCACACAGUUACGAUUGACGAAAAAUUUUGCCAAUUAUCACACACGUUUGCAAUGUGUACAGGCACGAAUCAAUGCCUUGUCCAUAAUGGUCUAUUGUCAAGCGAUGUCCUUAAAUCAGGAAGGCUAUUAUUCCCUAUUAUAUAAUGGUCUAAUUGAAGAAUUAGUUGAGGUUUUAGAACUACGUCAUCCGGAACUUAUUGAGAUAAAAUCAGCUUCAUUGAAAACAUUAACAUCGAUUAUACAUUUGGAUCGUAAUUCAAAGAUGAAAGUCAUUAUUGAUUCAACCGGAGCGAAUUCUUAUCAUGGAUUUUUGCCAAUAUUAGUACGAAAUUGUAUUCAAUCACUUAUAUUAGGCAAUAUGGAAGAAUAUCCAUUGAAUUUUGUAACAGCAUUAUUUUCAUUUCUUUAUCAUUUGGCAUCAUAUGAUAAUGGAUGUGAAGCAUUGGUUCAAUGUGGUAUUAUGGAAUCAUUGCUUCGUGUGGUCGAUUGGAAAGGCCCGAAAGCAGAUGCUGAUGUUGAUCAUUUAAUGUUUGUUACACGUGCUGUACGUGUUAUCGAUCUGUUGACCAAUCAAUUUAUCGAUAUGAAUGCAUUUCAAUCAAAUAAUGGAUUGAAUACAUUUGUACAACGAUUGGAAUAUGAAGUGAAUAUAUGUCGUACAGAACAGCCUUAUGAAAUUGAAGUGCCAGCUGAUAGAAUAAAUCGUGACAAACAUUAUACAUAUGAUGAUGAAAUUCACAUUGAAGAAAGUGAAAAUAAAAAUCAAACUUCAACAACGCAACAUCAACUUCAGGAAACACCGAUGGAAGUAGAAAUUUCAAAUCCUGAAUCAAUGGCCGAAGCUUCCACUUCGAAAUCAUCGACUGUGGUAAAUCAACCAGUGGUUAACAAUAAUCUUCAAUGUUAUCCACAGCGGGCUGCAUUGUUGAAGUCAAUGUUAAAUUUCUUGAAAAAAGCCGUACAAUGUACCGGUUUUUCAGAAUUAGUACGACCAUUGAUGUAUGGAAAUUUUCCACGAUCAUUACGACAUAUAAUAAGCAAUGCUGAAUAUUAUGGUUCAUCAUUGUUUUUAUUGGCCACCGAUGUUGUCAGUGUUUAUGUAUAUCAAGAACCAUCAUUAUUAUCGGUCAUACAAGAUAAUGGUCUAACCGAUGUUGUAUUACACGCCCUUUUGGUUAAAAAUGUACCACCGACCAAAGAAGUGUUGGCAUCUUUACCAACUGUAUUUACAAGUUUAUGUCUAAAUCAUCGUGGCCUAGAAGCAUUCAUAGCGUUACGGCCAUUUGAACGUUUUUUUAAAAUAUUUUUAUCACCCGAUUAUCUACAGGCAAUGCGUCGUCGCCGUAGUAAUUCGGGUAAUGAUACAGCCACAACAUUGGGUAAUGCAAUGGAUGAAUUGAUGCGUCAUCAACCAAGUCUUCGUUCGGAUGUUAUUGGUGCAAUUCUAAAAUUAUUGGAGGAAAUCUGUAGACUUGGCAGUGAUCUAAGAUAUAUUUGCACCAAAGCAAGUAGUAGUAGCAGUAGCAGUAAUAGUGUCAGUACGUCAAAAUCAUUCGGAGCAAUUGGUACUGGAUCGGCUACCGAUGGAUCUCAUCAUCAUCACCACCAUCAUGGUAGUACAUCGACUGCCAUGGCUUUCGAUGAAUCGUCAUCGAACGCUGUCGAUGGUGAUGGUGAUGGCAGUAAUCAAAUUUCCGGUAGCAAUGUAAACAAUGAUUCUAGUUCAUCGGAAGAAGAUGAUUAUGAUGAUGAUGAUACUACAACGACGACAACAACAGCUGCAGCCGCAACAACCACUUCCGCCGCUGAUCAGAAUCCCACAGAUUCAUCAUCAACAGACGUCAUUGCAACAGAAGCAACUACGAUACCGUCCGCAUUAUCAUCAUCAUCGACAUCAUUAACAAUAUCAAAUGAUGAUCCAAUGAAAUCUCAAACACGUCCAGCUAUAGCACAAACAACAACAUCUGCUGUAUCUUCGGAUAUAACGAAUAUUGUUGAAUCGAAUCGUCAACAGAUACCAUUAAUUGAUUAUAUUCUCAAUGUGAUGCGAUUUCUUGAGGCAAUUUUGGCCAAUAAUUCUACCGAUGAUCAUUGUCAAGAAUUUUUACAUCAAAAUGGCCUUGAUCCAUUGUUCCGUUUGUUAAAAUUACAUAAUCUACCAUUGGAUUUUCCCGUAAUGCCAUCCUGUUAUUCGGUGGCUACAGUUUUGAAAACAUUGUUGAAUUUGACACAUGAAAAAGAUAUAUUCACCAAAGGCUUAGAAAAAUUGAAAGAAAUACUUGAAAAAUUAAGCCCAUUAUCACAAACAGCUAAAACAUUUAAUGGUAGCAUCCUGCUUGAAGAUCUAAUCAAUCAUUUAAGUACAAAGAAAGCAGUGAAUUUUGUUACACCUGUAUUGCAGCUAAUGGCCGCUGCACAUGCAUACAUUGUAAUGUUUCUACAAAUUUGUCGUACUAGUCAAGGAGAAAUUCGUUCCAUUUCCAUUGAUCAAUGGGGUUCACCGUUAGGUAUUGAAAUAAUUGGCCUAUUGAGCCAGCUUUAUAUAGCCCUAGUAUGGGAAAGCACUCUAUUGCUUGGCCUAAAUGAUUCUACAUCACAAAAAUAUGAAUUUGUGAAAAUUCAAAUUGAAAAACUCAAUACAUUAUUGAAGCAAAGCGUUAAUAAUGGCAACAAUCAAGCAUCCACAUCAUCAGAUAUGAUGAUGAAUGUUGAUGGUACAUUGUCGGCAAUGUCUCCAAUGGAAGUGGAUAAUUUUGAUGCUAAUAGUGAUCCAUCUAUUUCUGCUUCGAUUAGUCAAGAUAAUUCUAAAAUUUCAAAAAAUUCAUCAAAAUUGAUAAUGGCAACAAAUUCGGCUGUUGCUGUUAAAUCAUCAUCACAUCAUCAACAUCAAAAAUAUAUAAAACCAUUAUUAGCUGUUGCUUCACGUCUUGGUCGUGCUUUGGCAGAAUUGUUUGGCCUUCUGGUUAAGCUUUGUGUUGGACCAUCACCAAGACGUCGUAAUCAUCAUCAACCAUACUUGAUGAAUUCACAAACAAUGACACCAUCAAAACCGGUACAAAAUAUUGCUAAACAUUUGAAUGUUCUUCUUUAUAAUGGUCUUUCUUGGCAACCAUCAUUUGACACGAAUAUACCAAAAUUUCGGCUCACUUUCUACGUAUGUUCAAUCGGUUUCUCAAGUCCAAUGUUGUUCGAUGAUCGUAAAUAUCCAUACCAUAUAAUGUUACGAAAUUUCAUACUUAGUGGUGGACAGGAUGCAUUUUUUGAUUGUUUUCAUAUGGCUUUCGAGCAACAAUCGAAUAAUUCAUCACCCGAUUUACCGGACGGUAUUAUCGAAUUUCUUGAUUCAUGGCUUUUGUUGUUGGAAAAGAUGACCAAUCCGCAAACAUUGUUUGAUUCUCCACAUGCAUAUUCAUCAUCGAAACAAACGCCAUUAGAUCAAUCGGAUGAUAUUCAUUUUGAUCCGAUUCAAUAUUUGAUUCGUACACAUAAGAAAGCUUUUCCUUGUAUAAUGGAAUUAUGGAAUAACAAAUUAUAUCGUAUCAAGUGUGAUCGUGUUAUUGAAUCGUUGAUAACAAUAUUUUCACAUUUACUCAAAGGUGAAACAAUAAUUGAAAAACAUCUUGGCCUAACAAAAGUUGAUGGAACGAAUGCGACAACAUCAGCUUCUACAUCAUCAGGUGCUAGUUCAUCCUCAACAUUUACAAUUGAGCCAUUAGGUGAACUUAUAUUCAGUAGUGUUGGUGGUGAGGAUGGAUCAUCAUCAACAUCAUCGUCCGUUGCAGCUACUUCGGCAUCAUCCACAACUGCACAAUCAGCUGCCACUCGUUCUGAACAGAAUCCAAAUGUUCAGACAUUAAUGGAAAUGGGAUUCUCUCGUGAUCUGGCUAUUGAUGCAUUAUUACAAACCAGUGAUGAUGUAAAUGCAGCUACAGAAUGGAUUCUGCAACAUUUUCCUCGAUUUUUGUCGGCUGAUAAUGAAGAAGAAGAAAUGAUAAGGGCCAUUGCUUUAUCUUUAUCCGAUAAUUCUGAUGAAAGUGGCAGUACCACGGUCGUUGAAACAUUAACAACAACAACAAAAACUGUGGAUAAUAAAUCUAAACAACCGGAAAAAGCAGAACCGAAAAAUAAGGAUAAACCUUUGGUCAACGAAAUUCCACUUCGUAAGGAUGAAAUCAAUACAUUCACGGAUAAUAUCCUUGUUGGUAUAUUGAAACUUAUCGAUCAACUUCCAAUCAUACAUAAAUGUUGUGAAUUAUUGAUUUCCAUAUCAAAACGAAAUGGUCAUCAAUGGUUUGAAGAAAUGUUCUCUCAAUUGAUCGAUGAUAUAAUACGGAAUAUUGCAGAACUGCAAAAACAUACAUCCUAUAUUAAACAACAAGAAAAAUCGACAAAAAGUACAGCCAUUGAAUGGGCACACAAAUUGGUUGCAUUACCGGAAGCUUAUUAUCUUCAAUCACGAAUUCAUCUACUUGUCCUAUUGUUCAAUGAAACAAAGAAUUUAUGUGCUAAACAAAUAGCUCAAUCUGAAUUGUUGAAUCAUCUUAUUGAUCUGUUGGAAAAUGGAUCAUAUUUGUUGAAUGUUGCAUAUGAAAAAGAACGAUCGAUUCCGACACCGAAAUGGGUGGCACCAUCAAUUCUAUUGAUUGAUCUUUAUGAAAAAAAUGCCCUCGCCUGUAGACGUCGAAAACGCCUACUACUUGAAUCGUCAAAUUGUCGUCGUACGUGGAAAUAUUUUGAUGAACGUACAGUUCGUUGGUCUGCUUAUCAAACUGAAACGAAUAAAACUAUUGAUGAAGCUUUCCGUUCGGGUGAACAAUUCUGUAAAAUACAAGUUGCCCGACGUCGUUAUACAGUGAAUUUCACAACAAUGUUACAAAUUAAUGAUGAUACGGAUAAUUAUCGACCAAUCAUGUUUUUCGUUGACUCGGAUACAUCGAAAACUCAAGAAAAUAAAUCCACUUCCAAGAAUGAUACUAGUAAUGACAUUACGAAUAAUAAAGAUGACGGGAAAAAAUCCAAAGAUAAAGAUUCUGUUGAAACGAAAACUGCAACUAAAGAUGAAGAACAAUUUAUUGCCGAUAUAGUUGAAGUAGAUUUUCUUGACGAAAAACAAUGUCAUACAAUUAUUGAAGCUAUGGUCAAUUUUAUUCAAUUACCAAUCGAUUCCGACGCAUUGAAUGCCAUUAUACGUUUGAUAUUACGUUUGACACGAAAUUAUGAUAAUGCAUGCUUUUUUGUCGAAAAGAAUGGCAUCAGUCGUUUGUUGAAAAUACCACAAUGCUCCAUUUUUCCAGGUUUUGUUCCAAUGGCUACCUUGAUCAUUCGACAUAUGAUGGAAGACAGUUUAUCAUUGCAAACAUCGAUGGAUAAGAUUCUUCGUGCUCAAGCAAAUUCACCAAAUUCCAUACGUGAACUUCAUUAUAUGUUUCGUCAUUUCAGUCCGGCUGCAUGUCGUGAUAGUGAUACAUUUAAAAAAUCGGCAAUGAAUAUUCUUCGUAUUAAUGUACCGCAGACAAUGACCACACCACGUCGAAUGACACAGGAUGAAGAGCGUAUGACUCCACUGUUACGUGCUGUAAUGCCUUCCAGUGGAUCGAAAUCUGUUACGCAUAGCAAUGAUGGUAGCCAAAACACACAACAUUCUGAAUCAUCAUCUUUGGAGAUAUCUAAAGUUGCCAAAGAUAUAAUUUGUGAAUUACUGAACAUAUUACCUUUACAAUAUUCAUUACAACAAGAGUUGAACAAGACAAAAAAAUCGUCUCAACAACAGCCUGUGGGUGUUGUUUCAGCUGAUGAUUCUGCAGGUAAUUCAAAACCAAAUGAUCCUGCUUCUGUCAUUUCAAGCAACAACGAUAAAGAUUCGUCAAAAGAACAAGAUGUAUUUCGUACCCAUACAAUACUAUCGAUUUUGGCCGAAUUAACAAUAUCUUACCAUUCAGUAGCCAAAGUGAUAUGUGAACAUACAUAUACUUUUUUGUAUAAGGAUACAAUACUUGAUGAUUGUACGGCACUUUCAUUCAUAUUGGAUAAUCUACUAUCAUAUGCUCAACAUUAUGGUGAUAAAGAAUGUGCAACAUAUUCGCGUGCAUUAUUUACUGCCAUUGCAUCAGUACCAUUCUCUCACGAUAUACAUCAAACAUUAGUGAUUGAAAUCAAAAAUGCCCUGAAUCGUGCCGUUUUUCUACCGGAAUCAUAUGAAAAACAUGCUAAAAUACAAGCAUUAUCACCGUUGAUCACUUCGAUUGUUGAAGCUCAAUGUACAUCUUCAUCAUUACAAAAUAAUCAUUCUUAUUAUCGAGCACCUUUAUUAUCGGCGUCGAGUCCUUUGAUUAAAUUAUUGAUUCGUAAAAAUUUAAUUACUGAUUUGGCGAAAGUAAUACAAUAUCUUGAUCUUUCAUCACCUAUGAUGAUAACGACUGUGAAUUCAUUAUUGAAAACAUUGGAUUUUCUUUCGAAAACAUUGAAUACCCCACAGAAUCCAUUCACAUCGCGUCAUCAUCAUAAUCAUAAUCAACAACAGCAAAGUGCACAAAGUCGCCAUCAACGAAACUUGUUAUCACAUAGUUCAUUUACAAUACCAAUGAUUGAUUUGGAUUCAGCAUCAUCUAUUGAACCCGAUGGUUCACAAAUUAUCCAUAAUAAUGAUAAUGACCCGAUGCUAAUGGAACAAGAUCAUUCCGAAAAUCUAACAACAAAUUCAACUACUACUACAACAACAACAAAUAAUAAUCAGGACAGUAGUUCAGCAUUGGCUUUAGCUCCCAAUCAAAUACUUAAUGCUGAUGGUUCAAUUAUAGAAACGGAAACAACAACAUCGAUAACACAAUCGCCUAAUACGAAUGCUAUUCAUACGGAAAAUAUGGCACAAGCAUCGACAAUGUCAACAAAUUCUCAAAAUUUGGACGAAAAUACUGAAAAUGAAUUAUUUUUAGAUAGUGUCGCUUACGAUAAUUAUAAUAAUUCACAUCCACGAAGCGGUACUUUUACAUCGGACGAAUUACGCACAGAUGAUGAUGAUUAUGAAAAUGAUGGUCUCAUAAUCACUGAUCAAGACGGUAUGAAUGAUGGUGAUCAUGAAAUGCAUCAUGAUAGUCAUGUUGUCGUUGGUAAUAGCAACCAUGUUGGUGUUGAAUCAACUACCGCAAGUAGUGAUGGCACAGAAUCGGAUGAUGCCGAUUCCGAUGAACAUGAUGAUGACGAUGAAGAUGAUGUUGAUAUCGAAGAUGAUGAUGAUGACGAAGAAGAAGAACAAGAUGAUCAAGUUGGUAGUGCACAAGAAGAUGGUGAUGAAGAUGAUGAUGAUGAACAUAUGGAUGAUGACGAUGAUGACGACGAAGAUGAUGACGGUGAUGAUGAUGAAGAUGAAAUGGAUCGUAUACGGCCUGAAGAUUUAUCUCUGCAACAAAUGCUUGAUGACCAAUUUGGUCUUGGUACGUUGAAUAAUGAUGUUAUCUAUAGUUUGGAAGAAGUAUUGCCACAAUUUUUGAAUUAUCCUCACCGUGUAUCAUCAUCAUCGGAUUAUCUAUUGCCAUUCUCAUCACAUCAUCAUCAUCAUCAUCUUGUUGGUGAUGGUGAAAAUGUUAUCAUGAAUGGCCAUAGUAAUGGUGGUCAUUUUGUUCCAACAUCAUCUGUUGGCCGUCAUACGAAUGGUACGGGAUCAAGCAUGCAGAUACAUCACCCUUUAUUGAAUUAUAAUUCUGAUCAAAUGAAUAAUGGUGGUGGUGCUACAUCUUCAUCAGUAGCUGUUAUAAGUAAUGCUGGAUCAUCAUCAUUGGUGAAUAAUCUUGCCGGUUCAUUGGUUAGUUUAGGUUCUCAUGCUGUUAAUCCAAUAUCGGCUUCCUUUUUAUCAGCCAAUAACACAGUAGCUGCUAAUAUUGGGAUAGGUAGUGCUGGCGGUGGUGGUGGUGGACAUCGAUUAUCACGUAAUCCUUUACCACGUACACGUGCCAUACGAUCCUAUUUUCAUACUGGUCAUAAUUGGCAUGUGGCACAUUUCAAUACCCGAACAAGUCCAACACAUAUACUACAACGAUUGCUUGGAUCGGCUUCACAACAUGAAUUCGCUAUUCCAAGUGUUCGUAAUCCUUUUUCUCGACAUGAUUUGGAUCUUCGUGAUGAAACCUUUGAUUUUGUUCCACUAUCAUCAACGCCAAAUUCAUCAAUUGUAUCGAAUUCAUUCCAGAAUAAUCAAUUGAACUCAAUUCCAUCCACAAUACAACGUUGGCACGACGAAGCACGCUUAUUAGAUGGUGAAUAUAUGUAUGAUGCAUUGUUAUUAAUUAAACCGGAAAUUAUUCGUCAUCUUGAAAAAUUGAAAGAACAAGAAUUACAGGAAAAGAAACGUAAGGAAAAAGAAGAUAUGGAUGCUACAGCUGGUGAUGCAAAAAAUAAAUCGGCUUCCAAUACUGCUGAAAAUAAUUUGGAUCGUGAAAUACGACAAGCUAUGCAACAACCACAACAACAACAUGGAUCUGGUCAUCCAUCACAAUUUGAAGAAUUACACGCUCAUAUAGAACAAUUGACCAAUUCUGUCAUCAACCAGGUCUUGGAAUCAACUCCGCAACAGCAAUCUAAUAGCUCAAAUGAAUUAACAAACGAUUCUUCGAAUAGUGAUCGAAUUUCCCGUAUGGAAGUCGUCAUAUCGAAUGAUGAUAAUGACAAUAAUGACGAACAGCCACAACAACCACAAGUGGAUGAAGUUGUUCCAAUGUCAGUGGUUGUCAAUGAAAAUAUUCCCUCUGGGUCAAGUGAAGAUCCUAUUCCGGUUAGUCUUGAAGAUUUAGUUGUCGAAAGUGAAGCAUCUGUAGCUCGAUCUGAAGCGCAAAAUGUUGAUAUCGAAUUGAUGGAUCAUCAAUCAUCAAACGUUACGAACCAACAACAAUCUGACACUUCCGGUAUUGCUGAAGGCAAUCUGAAUCAAGAACAACAAUCGGGAACGGAAACAUCGACCAUCUCUCAACCAUCUGCAUCAUCGUCCUAUCAAUUAACACCUGAAGAACGAGCUAUUCUUGGUGAUCAAGAAUUACCCGAAGGGGUUGAUCCAUCAUUUUUGGCUGCUUUACCUGAAAAUAUUCGUCAAGAAGUGAUUGCCGAACAAUUCCGCAUACAACGAUUGAAUCAAUUACGUAACAAUCUACCACAACCGCCAGCAACAGCUGCUAAUGAAAGUAAUCAAGCUGUAACUGCUAUCAAUCAAUCAUCUAAUACCACCAAUGCUGCACCUGUUCCUGAAAUUAGUGAAGAUUUUCUUGCAGCUUUACCUCCAAACAUUCAAGAAGAAGUGCUCGCACAACAACGUGCAGAGCAACAACGUUUGAAUGCGCAGAAUACAAAUCCCGAUACACCGGUUGAUCCGGUCAGUUUUUUUCGAUCAUUACCACCCUCACUAAGGCGACAAGUUUUAUCCGAUCUGGAUGAUAGUCAAGUUCAACUGUUGCCACCAGAAUUUGCCAAUGAAGCACGAACACUCCGACGAGAAUAUGAACAACGAAAUCGGCAGAUUCAUGAUCGACUUUUCGAUUCUAAUUCGGCCAUCUUACGAAUCAUACGAUCAGCCGCUUCAGCUCCUAGAACAGCUGCUUUACGAUACGAUGGGUUGAGCAUUCCAAGUUGGACACAUGCACGCUUUUCGUUUAGAAAUGGUGGAGGUUCUAGUUCACAUGAUAAUAAUCGUUAUGGUUAUGGCAGCAGCAGUGGUUUUGGCCGUCAUACUCCGCGUGCAUUUACUAGUCGUUCAUUGAGAGGAAAAUACCUACUAGAUUACGAUGCCCUUUCAUCAAUUUUGAUCCUAUUGUUCAUUCAUGAUAGUCUUAUCAGUUCGAUUCGAUUACAUCGUGUAAUCAAAAAUCUUUGCUUACACAGUCCAACACGACAAUGGGUCAUUCAAUCUUUGUUGGAAAUUAUGGAAAAGACAAAAGAAUCAGUGGAUUCAUCAUCAUCUAACAAUUCAAUAGCAUUAAGUGCUGAUGAUCAAACUUUGAAAGCAUUGACGCAAAAUCAUUUUGUCUCUUGGCUUUCGAUUACAUUGGAUUCAUCGUUUGGUUCAAAAACGAACGUUUUCUUUCUGAGUAAAUCGAUAGGAUCAUCAUCAUCUAGUUCAAUCAAAAAGAACGAUAAAGUCAGCCAGAUCUAUACGAUUUCAAUCAAUCCACAAGCUUCAUUAUUCGUCUGUCGUAAUGUUUUGGACAUUCUUAUUUCUUUGGCCAAAACAUUUCCCGAACAAUUCAUUUGCUAUUCACCACCUUCAUCAACACCAUUGAAUUCGACACAAGCAUUACAGAAGAAUUUUUCGGCAACUUCCCUGAAUACAUCAAGUUCAAGUAUCAAAGAUCAACAACAUGAAAACAUUGCAACGACAUCGAAUGGUAAUCAGAAACCGCCACCAAGUUUUUUCGAUGUUCUCAUGCGUCACGAUUUUAUUCAUGCAACAAAAAAGACGAAAUCAAAGCAAGCCUCAUCAUCAAAUCUUCAAACUACAUCUAUCAUGGAAAUCGAUUCUGUUUCGUCCACUAAACAUUCAUCACAAUCACAGGUCGAUUAUUCACCAUUUUCACAAUUACUCAAUCUAUUAUCACAUCAUUUCAUUAAGAAAAGCCCUGUUUUAACUGAUCGUUUAAUUCGCCUAAUGACACAUAUUACAACGGCAUUAACACCGGAUACUGAUAAUCGUAAUCAAACGACACCGAUCAAUUUGUCUAAUGAAAUCAAAGAAAAAUUGAAUGAAAUUGAAAAAACUAUUGCUAAUGAACGUCUGUUGAAAUUGGUCGUCGAUGUACUCGUGUCAAAGACAUGUUCCGAAGAUGGUCUUGUGGAUGCUACAUCAUUAUUGAUCAAACUUUCAAAUCUAUUCUCCAAUUGUCGAAAUAUAUUCUACAAACUUUUACUAAAUGGUGUUCGCCACUUAGGCCAGACUGUCUAUGAUGAUAUCAAUGCAUUGUCCAUUGAAAUGAGUGAUUUGUUAUCGAAAUUGAAUAGACAGCAAACUAGUAGCAAUACUAGCACAACAUCUGAUAAUGAAUCACAUGAGAAGAAUAUCAAAGGUCAGACUAAUGUACAAGAUCGUUAUUCAAACAUGACCAUCAUCAUAAAUGCUCAAUCAAAUGCUAAACAUAAUAUCAUUUCGGGUAAAGAAGUACAAUUGCCAUCAAUGUCAAAUCUCAUAUCCAAAUCAUCAAGUCAAUUCUUAUUUCUACGAAUUCUUAAAAUUAUAAUGCAUAUACGAGAAAUUAAUGCUAAAAAUCAAAAUUCUAAACAACAGCAACCGCAACAGGAUGUUACACCAUCUUCGGCCGACCCGUCCAAUGAUAAUCAGACAACAACAUCUACAGCUGAAACAAAAAUGGAAGUAGAUCUUGAACAGGAUAAACUUAGCACCGAAUUACAGUUGGAUCAUUUAUGGGAAAAACUGAGCGAUUGUCUUAGUCUUCUAUCGGAAGCUCCGGAUGAUCAUGUUGUACUCGUUUUACAACCAGCUGUCGAAUCAUUCUUUUUAGUACAUGCUCCGGAAAAAUCUCGUACAACUGCUGCAAGUUCCGGUAGUGAAAAUCAACGUUCUGUUGAACCGGUUUCACAACAAUUAUCUCAUCUACAUCAAACAUCUGAUGCAUUGAAUGCGGAUGCUCAAUAUGAUGAAAAUCGGCAAUACAGUUCAUUACCGGCAGACACACAAAAAUUUUUAAUAUUUGCCGAAAAACAUCGUGUCGUUUUGAACCAAAUUCUUCGACAAUCAAAUAUCCAUCUUGCUAAUGGUCCAUUUGCUGUUCUUGUUGACCAUACUCGAAUAUUAGACUUUGAUGUCAAACGACGAUAUUUCCGCCAAGAGUUAGAUCGUUUAGAUCAAGGUACACGUCGUGAUGAUCUACCCGUCCAUAUUCGUCGUGAACAUGUAUUUGAAGAUUCUUACCGUGAAUUGAAUCGUCGUACAUCUUCGGAUUGGAAGAAUCGUUUCUAUAUCGUAUUCGAAGGUGAAGAAGGACAAGAUGCUGGUGGUUUGCUACGUGAAUGGUAUACGAUUAUUUCACGAGAAAUUUUCAAUCCCAAUUAUGCUCUUUUUACCACAUCACCUGGUGAUCGUGUCACCUAUAUGAUCAAUUCAGCAUCACAUUGUAAUUCAAAUCAUUUGAGUUAUUUCAAAUUUGUUGGCCGUGUCAUUUCUAAAGCCAUCCAUGAUAACAAACUGUUGGACUGCUAUUUUACUCGUUCAUUUUAUAAACACAUUCUUGGCAAAUUGGUAAAAUAUACAGAUAUGGAAAGCGAAGAUUAUUCUUUCUAUCAAGGCCUUGUGUUCCUGCUCGAACAUAACGUCAAUGAACUUGGCACAGAAUUGACGUUUUCAUUGGAAAUUCAGGAAUUUGGUGUAACCGAAGUUCGUGAUUUGGUACCAAAUGGUCGCAAUAUAAUUGUUACGGAAGAGAAUAAACAUGAAUAUGUCAAAUUAGUUUGUCAAGAAAAGAUGACCGGUUCGAUAAAGAAACAGUUGAAUUCUUUUCUCGAAGGAUUCUACGAAAUCAUACCAAAACGAUUGAUAUCCAUUUUUAAUGAACAUGAACUUGAGUUAUUGAUUUCUGGUCUGCCAAACAUUGACAUUGAUGAUCUCAAAGCAAACACUGAUUAUCAUAAAUAUCAGGCAACAUCAUUGCAAAUUCAAUGGUUUUGGCGUGCACUCCGUACAUUUGAUCAGGCUGAUCGGGCUAAAUUUUUACAAUUUGUUACCGGCACAUCGAAGGUUCCAUUGCAAGGAUUCACUGCACUGGAAGGUAUGAAUGGACCACAAAAGUUUCAGAUCCAUUUAGAUGAUCGAUCAACGGACCGUUUACCAUCGGCCCAUACAUGUUUCAAUCAAUUGGAUCUACCUGCCUAUGAAACUUAUGAUAAAUUACGUAUGAUGCUGCUAAAAGCAAUCCACGAAUGUUCGGAAGGUUUUGGAUUUGCUUGAAAAAACCAUAAACAACAUUGAUUUGAUCUAAUAGAUUCAUCUUGUCUGUGAUUAUAUUUACAAAACAAAGCAAAAAAUUCUUUUUUGUUGGUUCACAAUUACCCAAAAAUCAUUUUAAAAAUAGAAUUUUAAACAAAACAUCCUUGUGUCGUUCAUUUUUUGUCUGUCUGUCUGUGUCCCUGUCUGUAAUCUCAUUUAAACAUUUCAAAUCAUUAUUAUACACAUGAAGAAAUUCAAAAAAUUCUUUAUUAAAUUUUCCAAUAACACAUACACAACGCUAUUCAUGUUUUCAUUUGAUUUCCAUUUUGAUUACAAUUUCAAUUAAAAAUUAUAAUAAACUAUUUUUCUGACA